AUGAAGAAAAUUACUUUGCUGUUAUUGUUUUGUGUGGUGUUAAUUAUCGACGCAUUUCCUUCUGAUGAAGUUUCUCCCGACAAACCUCCAUCUGAUGAAGUAGCAAAAAUAGAAGCAAACACAGAACUAAAUCAACCGAUUGAUGAUAUUGGUAGAAGAAGACCAACUCCUCCGCCUACGAUCGAACUGAAUAUUGUGGAAGGAUGGGAAGAUGCUUGGGAGCUUGAACAGCAUGAAGAAUGUGAUGCUGAAAGGAAUCAUGAUGAAGAUCAUGAUGAAGAUGAAGACGAAGAUGAAGACGAAGAUGAAGAUGAAGACGAAGAUGAAGAUCAUGAUGAUGAUGAUGAUGAUUAA